AUGGCGGACAAGCUGGACCGCAGCCUCGACGAGAUCCUCGGCGAGAAGAAGAGCGACGGUCCUCGCAACAACCGUGGAAACGGUAGAGGCGCCCCCCGAAGACGCGAACGCGAACGCCAGGAAUACCCUCGCGACGGCGUUAGAAAGUCCUUCCGCGACGAGUCUAGAAACCUCGAUAGUGAAUGGGUUCACGAUCGAUUCGAAGAGCACGACAACCGCCGUGCACCGGCCCCUCGACGGAGACGCGAUGAGCCUGAACAAAGAGAUUCCAGCAGCUCCAAAAUCCGCGUCGAGAACAUCCACUACGAGCUGACUCCUGAGGACUUGGAAGAAUUGUUUAACAGAAUCGGCCCUGUCGCAAAGUUGGACCUCAAGUAUGAUCGCGCUGGUCGCUCGGAAGGCAUUGCCUUCGUGACGAUGGAGUCCCGCGAGGAUGCCUUGGAUGCGAUCAAGCAGUUCGACGGCGCCAAUGCAAACGGCCAACCGAUCAAGCUGUCAAUCAUGGGUGGCGGAGCUGGCGGUCGAUCUCGCAACCCCUUCGACUCGGCGGUGAUGCCGGGCCGUCCACUUUCCGAGCGAAUCUCUGCUCCCGGCGGUCGGUCGAGAUCCAUGUCUCCUGGACGGAAAUAUGACGUCGACGAGGCUGCCGAGAGAGGCAUUGACAGAUACAUCCCAGGAAACCGUGGAAACCGUUCGCGAAGCCCUAUGUCCCGGCGACACGGGAACGGUGGCGGUGGCGGCGGCCGCAGACCCGGAGCUCGCAGGGAGGGUGGUAGAGAUGGUGGCAGAGACGGUGGAAGAGAUGGCGGCAGAGAUCAAGAAGGCGGAAGAGGUGGUCGCUCGGGUAGAGACGGCCGUACUCGGAAGACCCAGGAGGAACUGGAUGCCGAGAUGGCGGACUACUUUGGUGGAGGAAACUCCGGAGAGACUGCGCCUCAGCCGAACGGUGGCGCUGCCGCUGCCGCGGUACCCGCCACGAACGACGAUAUCGACAUGAUCGAGUAA